AUGUCUACCGAUAAUAUCCAAAAGUUAUAUGAAAACUACAACAUAUUAGCCGAAGCUAAGGAUACUAUUUCCAAGCACGAAAAAGAAUAUUUGGAAAUAUUAGCAGCUGUUAAGGGAUCAGACAAGGGAAAGCGCCUAGCGUCACAGUUCAUCGCUAGAUUCUUCCAUUAUUUCCCUAAACUAGCAGAUCAAGCGAUUGCAGUACAACUAGAUCUUUGUGAAGACGAUAAUGUUGCUAUUCGAAAACAAGCUAUCAAAGAUUUGCCGAUGCUCUGUAAGGGACGUAAAGAACAUACUCAAAGAAUCGCUGAUAUCUUAUCUUGGCGUUUGCAAUCUGAUGAUACUACAGAAAUUAAUGUGGUCACCAACUCAUUAAGUGCUGUAUUGAAAAGUGAUCCAAAAGGAGCACUCACAGGCAUAUUUGGUCAAAUUUACCGUAGCACAAAUGGAGAGGUUGCAAAAGAAAUUAUAAGGGGGCGCUGUAUUAAAUUUUUGGCAACUAAAGUUAAACAACUUGGACGAGAAAUUAUAAACCAAGAAGCAGAAGGGCUAAUUAUUUUGGAAUGUAAAAAAAUAUUAGAGAAUGUUGUUGCUGCAGAAUUCGAGCACAUCAUGGAAUUACUUACCUGGUCCAGACUUGGUAAAACUUUAGCAGGAAAAAAGGAAUUAGUGCAACUAGUGGCAUCAUUAGCAUUCUCCCCAGAAGACUGGCAUCCAGAAGAUCCAGAAUAUAUUGAUAGACUCAUACAAUGCUCUCGACAUGCUUUACCAUUGUUUUCUUCCCGAGUUGAUUCGUCACAGUUUGUCAAGUUCUUCUGUGACAACGUGUUAGCCCGUUGGGAAGUUAUAACUACAGAAGGUGCUGCUCAUUCAACGUUGGAAUUGCUGAAAAUAUUAGCUGAAAUUACAGAGUUCUGUGGAGAUGUGGAAAAUAUGGAAGAAAAAAUAACUACUGUUUAUGAUAUUCUUAUGAAAUACUUGCCAGAGAUUCCAGUUGAUACUGAAACAAAUAGUGCAGAUAAAAAUAAAAAAGUAACUGAAAGUAAACCAGAAGAAUGUUCAGCGACUCCAUCUUUACAGAUUUCCCAUAUGGAAUGUGUAUUGUUUGCACUACAUUCGUUGUGUCGCAUAUCACCUGAUACACUUGGCGAUGAUACUGUGCGACUAAGAACUUUGCGUUUACGUUUGCAAUAUACUGCAAGACUAACACAAGGAUAUAUGAAGAAACUAAAGUUAGCUGCACAGGGCAGAGAAGGACAACAAGAUUCUGAAGAGAAGGAAUUAAGAAUCGCAUCACUAAAGGCAAUAUCAAACAUCCACAUUCUUAUCAGGGAUAUGUUCCGCAUUCGACUAAGAUAUAACACCAAAGUACAACUCUCGUUCCAAUUUUCUAAACAACCCGAGAAAGAGGAACAACAAGAUAACGCAGGAAACCAAGACAAACUAAUCUCAGGACAAAAACGACACCGACCAAUGACAUUCGACAAUGAUGAAGAAAACUUUGCUUCUGAAAAACGAACCUGCAGUCGUGAUAACAUUUACACACCACCAUUUGGCAAAUACAGUUCAAAACUGAAUAUUACAAACGGAUUCUCAGGGUCUAACCCUGCUAGGGGCCGAAAAAGAUAUGGUAGGCGCGCCUUCCGCAACAUCGGCGCACCAUACAGACGUAACUAA